GACGCGCUGGUCGGAAGACUCCCAAACCUUGCGCGGACAAUGGCGGGGCUGGGAGAAGCGGAUGAAGCUGAGUUGCAGCGCCUGGUGGCGGCCGAACAGCAGAAGGCGCAGUUCACAGCACAGGUGCAUCACUUCAUGGAGCUAUGCUGGGAUAAAUGUGUGGAGAAGCCAGGGAAUCGCCUAGACUCUCGUACUGAAAAUUGUCUCUCUAGCUGUGUGGACCGCUUCAUUGACACUACCCUUACCAUCACCAGUCGGUUUGCCCAGAUUGUACAGAAAGGAGGGCAGUAGGCCAUCUUCUGGGAGAAUGAUGGAAGCAAAGGACUCGUUACUAAGCAGACUGAAGGGCCAUUGGGGGAAGAUUGUCAGCCCAUUGUCAAGUUAGCAUCAGGCUGUUAACACAUUUGUCAGUGCCAAAAAAUAACAGAUCAGAUGUUGAAAAAGUGAAAUUAUUUAUUUGGAAUUCAUAAAUUCCAGGUUGUAUCACAUGUUAUUCAAUAAAUGUGAAUUCUUCAUCUCUUUUU